AGAUUGAUUUGCAGAACAAGGAUCGAAUCUCAUUAGAUUAUUGCAGUGAACUCAAACUCUUGUUGCAGUGCUAGCAACAAGCAGAUAAUCAGUGUCCUACCUAAUCUUUAAAUUAAAUUAAACAAACUAAAAAAUCUUAAAUUGGACUCAAACGAGCAACCCGACAUGAGCCAGUUUUCUGUGAUUUUUUUCUCGUUCGAUAUAUAAGAAAAAUCUUAUAAAUAUAUUCGCGAAUAAGAGUAAAAAUACAGUUGGAAUACAUUAGAUUUUGAAAACAAAGCGCACAUAUCGCUAUACUGAGAUUAGCUGGGCAAAGACCAAUCUCAAACCUUUCACGAGAUCAAUUUAUGCAGAACAUUGGAGGUCCACCAAAAAGGUUGAGAACCACUAUCCCAGUUUUAGUUUUGCAAAGUUAAUUUGUUUAUAGAACAUAUAAACUUGCAGUACUAAGCAAUUUUGGAGCGUCGAUCAGUAAAAUAAGACUGACGCAUUGCACAAAUGUUCAGAUACAAACUCAGCCAAUAGAAGUUUCCGUUCUAUACUAAUCAAAGGUUUAGAAACCAACCAGACUAUAUCCUAUCAACGCUUGCCAAUAUUUGACUUCAAUACUAUUUAAAGAAAUUUCAAAGAAUAUUUAUGUUGCAGUUUAAGUUAAAGUAAAUGUAAUUUAUACUCAUAUCACUAGUAACGAAAUAUCUCAUAGUUCUCCUUCAUCCUUAUUUUUAGAUGGCGAAAAAACAAAUAUCCUCCAACAGCAGUAAAUCAAAAAAGUACAAAGAGAAAACGAAAAAUGUUCAGUCGAGUACGAAAUGGAUACUGGAAUAUAUUUUUUUCCGAUUUGUAACAAUGAGCAAAAAUGCAACAAAUCUAACCUUGUGGCCACAAAGACAAAAGAUUUACAUUGCAGUAAAUCUGAUAUUGGCAACAACGCUUGUAUUGAUGGUAUUGAAGUACCGGGAUCUGCUAUUCUAUAAAGAAACUGCAUGCGGAACAUGGUUCCACAGCGGUGCAAACAAUGAACAGAUAGAAUUUAUGGAAACAAGGUUGAAAGAACUAAAAACCAUAAUAAUCAAACUUUUAAAAGAUAUGGAAGGCGUCGACAAAGGAAAUCAGUAAAAACUGUUCUUCUGAAAUAUGAUUUUGAGUUAUUUAAUCAAUUUUUGUGCGCUUAAUAUUUAUAUUAUAAAGGGUUCCAUUACAUUUGAACCCACGUACAUUUGAACCCAUGACAAUUUCACCUGUAUGCUAUUGCACCUAUGG